AGAAACAAGUGAACCGUCGAGCGCAGAGGACGUGUGUUCUCGAAUAAAAAAAAAGUUUUGAAGUUUGCGCAGUGAGUUCAGUGUUACCGAAGCAUUCAGUGGAAACACAUGGUUCGGCACUCCGGCCACGGCAUGGAGCCUACCCUGUAUGAGGAGCAGUAUCCCUUGAGUGGACCUGUGGAAAAUCUGAAAAGAUCCCUGACACUGGAUUUGGAUAUAGGGCGAGGAGGGAAGCGAGCGCGAGUGACCGCUCCUCUGUUGUCGUCGCCGGACCUUCACAUGUUGAAACUGGGGUCGCCAGAGUUGGAGAAGCUGAUAAUCCAGAACGGCAUGAUAACGUCAGCGACGCCUACUCCUGGCGGAGCUGCUCUAUUCCCGCCGGCGCCUACGGAGGAGCAGGAGUUGUACGCACGGCCGUUCGUGGAGGCGCUGGACAAGUUACACCACGGCGAGCCGGGCCCCGGGCCCAUCGGCAGGCGCGUGUACGCCGACCUCGACCGCCCGCUGGAGCGCUACCCCACGCCCGUAGUGAAGGACGAGCCGCAGACCGUGCCGAGCGCUUCCAGCUCGCCGCCGCUCUCUCCCAUCGACAUGGACACGCAAGAAAGAAUCAAACUAGAGCGCAAACGGCAAAGAAACCGAGUCGCGGCCUCCAAAUGCAGACGGCGGAAGCUCGAGCGCAUUUCCAAAUUGGAAGAUAAAGUGAAGGUGCUGAAGGGCGAGAACGCGGAGCUGGCGCAGAUGAUCGUGAAGCUGAAGGACCACGUGCACCAGCUCAAGCAGCAGGUGCUGGAGCACGCCAACGGCGGCUGCCACAUCGAGACGCACUUCUGAUCGCGCCGCCCGACCCGCUCCUACACAUUCCAAACUAGUCGCGCCCGCCAGGACGCAGCAUACAAAGCGAUUUGUGAUCUUAAUUUUAUUGUGUAAUAUAUAGUUUAAUGAACAAUUAGUGUAAGGUGUUGAAGAAGUCGCUACAUUGAGAAUGCUGUGGAUAUAUCGUUAAGUUUUGAGAGAUUAGGAUGCCAGUGAUGUGUUAUUAUUAUGACAGAACGUCCGCUCGGAACGGUGAGAGAAAACUCCUGUAUGUUUGUCGGAAGUGAGGAAUGUACUUAGCACGAGUCACAAAUACGUAAGCUUCCAUUGCAAGUUGCAGUACUGUUUGUUUUCUAUUUCUAUGUAUCAGUAUUCUGUUGUCUUAUUUUAGUGUAAUCUAGAAACUAUCGAAAGGAUAAUCUUGCUACGUCACUCGUGUUUAGACUGACCGAACGAGGUUGAAGCAACGUUGCCAGUUUUACAGCGAAUUUCCCGUUUCAGCGAUGUUGCCGUUCUUAUAUUACUGAACUGGGGAUUUCCAUUGUUCGUACCAUUUAUUUUAUCGCAUACGUUUUGCAUUUUCCUUAAGUGUUUUAUGUUAAUGAGUGGCAUUCAAGUCAAUGACGAUGAUAUUAAGUCGUCGAACAAAGAAGAAAGGAUGCUCUGUACAUACAGGUUAUGACAGGACUAAACUCAGUGUGAAAGAGACAUCUACAUUGUAAAACUGACAACAGCGCAUAAACCCAAGUCACGAGCGGAUGUUCUGCUAAUUAAAAUUCCGCCUGCGCCGCCCUCGCGGAAUGGUGGCCAUGUGUUUAACAGUCGGACGUUCCGACUCAUGAUUUGAUUGCACAAGGUUAACUUUUUGUUUCUUAGAAAUUAUGGCGUUACAGCGCCAUGCAAAAAGUUUGUGUCUGCUCGCUAUGCUUAUCGUUUGAGACGAAUGUUACGUGCUUGCGUGAGAGACUAAUAGAAUCUGAGAUCGUUUGAUCGGUGUGCCUUGUGUGAAAGAGAAAGCGUGUAUUGCGCAAAGUAUUUUCCCCCAAUGUAUAAAAUGUUUUCUCAGAACUGACCCGGUGCUCUUAAUUAUAGAGGACGCGACUUUUGUAACGCGAGGCCGUCCGAUAAAUAUUAUUUGUGAACGAAUAGAGAGCAUUUCGCAAGCGAGCGAUCGUGUGAUGUUGAUUGGGGACGGAUGUAUGCGAGACGUAAGUAUUUAUUGGUGAGAGAGUGAUUAUGAUUACAUUUAGGAUGAAGUAGCAAUCUCGAGUGCCUACGCUUUGUAAACUGAAGCCUGUAAUAAUAAUGUUUAAAUUGUUUUUGUUACCAUGAACGUGCUACAGUAAUGUUCUGUACCAUUGUCUUCUAUAGCUUGUAAGUUAUACCAAUUAACAAGUUGAUUGUUAUAUUUGGGGAGCUAGCCGCGAGCGCGGCCGGCUAUCCUGUUUGUAUUAUUUUUUUAUACAAAAGAUUCGUCAGAAUGUUAACAAUAAUUUGUAAGUUUAUAAAGAUAAAGAACAGUUAUACUAAAAAUAAUAUAUUUCUAUGAAUUUAACAAAGAAUAUUGUUUUAUACUGAAUACAUAUUGUAUAAUGAAUUGAAUGAAGAGAAAAAUAAAUUAUGAAGAUUAUUAUACCCUUUAACCUUUUUUUCAUUUAUUUAUAUACCAUAACGGAUUCUGUACAUGUUUCUAUAAUGAAGUUCAAAAUCUCUGACCAUAAAAUCGGAAAGUUCUUCUCUAUGACCACUCCGCAACAAUAAAUCAUCUUGAUGAAAUUCAUUCAUCUUUUUGAGUCAUGUAGGCUUUCGACCUUAGGGUGCGGCCAGAGUGCACUCA